UUUAGGGCUUCAAUGUAAAGUUUAUCAACAUGUUUCUGCUCUUUCUGUUCGUGUCGAUAGAAACGUUUGGCUAUUGCUAUCUCGGAACGCAGCUCUCGCAGGAGAGCAUCAACGUCGGGCAGGCACUGUACGCUUCCGGCUGGCACGAAUACGAUGUGCAAAUGCGUAAGCACAUCAGCUUCAUGAUUAUGCGAUCGCAGCGCCGGGUAGGGCUAACGGCGGCCAAGUUUUGCUUCGUCGAUAUGGAGAAGUUCGGAGCGGUGUGUGCCAUCAGUUUAUAAAUUAGAGGGGGAGCGCGCUGUUACUUUAUAUUAAAUUAUUCUGACUGUCUUUUUAUUCUCCUUCACUUAGAUGCUCAACAUGUCGUAUUCCUUCUUCGUGGUGCUUAAGGAUGCAUUCUAAUUACGGUGGCUCAGGCAUAUCAAU